GUGUCUGCAUGUGGGAAGUACGCAGACCUCUGCCGCCAGCGUACCGCAAGAGCAGCAACAACAACAAGGAUUACUACUGCUAAUGCUGGACAGCCAAAGGCGGUGAUGGCUGUUUUUAAUGGCACCUUUUGGGGUGAUGUGUGGGGCAGUACUUAUCCGUAUUCUAGUCAAGCGCAAACAGAUCAUAGGGUGAAUGAACGACCUGAAUCCCCUCCGGUAACCCAUUUAAAGGAACCAAAGAUUGUACCCCAUCACGAGCAAAAAGAAGCUGGACCUGAUCCAGAGGUGGAGCUGCUCACCCAAAAGAGCCAAACUUCUGAAGCACCUGAUAUGGGUGGUAGUGAGGACCGAUCUCACAUUUCUGUUAUUGAUUCCCGUGAACCUGUGGCAGGAACAUUGCCGAAAAGAGGACUUCAAGAAGAAGCAGAAGGCACUCAAAGAAAGAUUUCAGGAGGAGGGGAUCCAAUUGGCUCUACAGGAGGUGAAAGUACUGUUCAUUCUUUAACACGAACAGAUCAAGAAACUAAGAACGCUCAAUUGAGUGAUCCUUCUCAAGAUGGGGCAACGAGUCAUGCGUCUCCGAGCACAGAAAAACCAACAACAGAAGCAAAUACUUCCAUAAACAGUAAUGGCGCAACUGGCGACAAUACUCCUAUACAACAACAAUCUACUGAAAGCACGACUGGCACAGAAGGUUCACAAGAGAAUGGCAAUGCUGAUUCAACGGCCAACACCACCACCACCACCACCACAACAACAACAACACUUCCUCCUGAACUCACAAACAACAAGAAGGGUGAUGCAGACAGCAGCAGCAGUAUCAGCAGUUCUGUGUGGAUGCGUGUGCCACUA